GUCUCAUCGCGAUCGAACAGCGAAGACGACAAGAUGGGGUCAAGGGACAAAGACCCAAAGGCACCGCAUCAUCAGCCUCUUCUCAGCAGCCUCGUCGUGCGGCCCUCCACCAGCGACGGCGCCAGUGGUGGAGGUGGACGUGGCAGCGAUUACGAGCCCGGUGAGGUUCGCCACGAGCCUCUUCCCUACACUCGUUCGGAUCGUUACUCUAAAGACCCUGCUCUGAAUGUGCCUGCAAGAACAUGAGUCUUGAGGAACGCAUGUUGGUGUGAGUGCAGUCUUGGAUCAUGGUCUGGGGCAAUUGUUUUUUCAUAUUGUGGGUAUUGAUGGGAAAUGUAUAUGAUGCUUAAACUCGUGGGUUGCUGCAUCAAUGAAUAUGGGUUUCUGGGCCUCAUUUUGUUGUAUUGACUAUGGUUGUGGUUUUUGUCUGCUUUUUUAUGGGAUUGGUGAUUAAAGUGUCCGGUUCAUAUCAAAUAAGAUUUAUAUAGAAAUGCCAAUCAAAAAUGGAAGUUUGAGAGGGUCUUAAGAAUAUCUGGGCACAGGACAUGGUGCGAGCUUGCACAUAACUUAUCACCACUAAAAGUAUCAUUUUUGUUAUUCUGAAUUGCAAUUUUGCAACCAACAUUAAGGAUGCCGUGCUGGAAAUGCUGCUGGAAGAUGGAAAGUUUGGUUACAAUUGCCAGAUGGUGGGAAAUUCAGUUUGGUCAAGUGGUAGUGAAUUUACCAUGUUAGUAAAAUUAAGGACGGUGUUAUUUGCUGGGUAAUGUUGAGCUUUUCUAGUUUUCUCGGCUUCACUGGUUUAACUUGUGCUUGGGAAUUGUGUUGAUAAGUGGUUUGUUUGCAGUUUCAUUUUCAAUUUUUCAUGUUUUUUGGGGGUUCAGUUGGAUGGUUAUAUAGUAACUAAUUCUCAGCAUUGCUGAAUUGGGUGUAGAGUGCAAGGACCUUCGGGAACUUCUUUUAGCUUGUCAGUUCUAGGUUCUGUAUUUUUUUUUUUGUAGGAUUUUCUGAUUUAUAUUUGUUGGAAGGUGAACUGGUAAAUGGAGGCAACAAAUUAAUGGGAAUUACUUAUUCAGGUCAGACAUGCCUCAGUUGUUUCAUUCUUCCUACUAUAAUAUUCAGAAUGGUUAUGCAGCGGUUAGUAAACUCUGGGGUUUUGAUUUCUUUGAAAGAUGUGAAGAUGGUCUCUGAAGAAAUGAACAUAUUGGGAGUGGAUAAAUUGUAGAGUUAUUUGGAGGCUUGAAGUUCGGUAUGGGUUCUUUUUGGGCAGUUAAUUUCCUGUGGACGUGCACUGUGGGCUUUAAGUUUGAUAUGGGUUCUUUUUGGGCAGUUCAUUUCCUGUAGCCAACCCCACUUAGUGGGAAAAGGCUUUGUUGUUGUUGUUGUUGUUGUUGUUGUUGUAUCACCGAGAAGGCCAUACAUGGUUAUGGUUACACCAGAUUCAGGAUUAUGGGGGUUUUCAGAUAUGUAGGUUAAAAGCUUGUAAUGGUUACGUGUUCACCACUGUGAGGUUGAGUAAUCAUGGUCUGACAUGCUCAUUGCUGUAUUUACUGGUAUUAUGCGCCAAUUGUUUGAGAAGUAACCAGGGCAGUUAUCAUCUGAACUUCUUAUUAUCUUCCACAUUUAUCUGAUGUUUCUUUUAACUACCACAAUGAAGAAUUCCCAAGUGAUGGUAACAGUCCUUACAAACUUUGAAAUGAUGGUAUUGAAGUUUCUGGAUCACAAGGGCCAAUUCCUCAGCUACUUAAAAUAUACUCCCAUUGUCUGUGUUUCUGUGCAAUUGGUAGUUACUUAUCUUACAAUUCACUACCUUUUCCAGGACAUAGAAUGCGUGCAGGUUCUGCUUCCCCUGUACACCGUAGGGAUGCAGAAAAUCGCUACAGCUCUGAGUAUAAUCAAUCAGGGGGUCCCCCACGUGGGCGUGAUUUUGGCAGUGCACGGGAUUCUGGUAGAUAUCGAGACCGCUCACCCCAUUUUGCGCGAGGAAGAGGUGUUGGCAGGCCAUUUGGUAGAGGUUUAGAUGGGCCGGGGCUCGUUCCUGGGCCAUUCAGAGGUGAAGGGAGUAGAAAUAAUCCGAAUGUGCAGCAGAGAAUCGGAGACUGGAUUUGCCCAGAUCCUUUAUGUGGCAACCUGAACUUUGCAAGGCGAGAAUACUGUAACAACUGCAACAAGUCACGCCAUGGACCUGGGGGAAGUCCUCGAAGGGGUUAUUCUGGGCCACCACCUCCAAAUGCUCCUCAUAGACGCUUCCCUGGUCCUCCAAUUGAUCCUCCUCCCUUUGGAAGGAGCUUAAAUGGUGGCUAUAGGUCUCCACCUCGUGGCUGGGCCAGAAAUGGCCCUAGAGAUUUUGGCCCUGGGCUGCCGCCUCCAAGGCACGAAGGAAGGUUUCCUGACCACCAGUUGCGAAGAGAUCGGUUGGACUACUCUGAUAACUACAGAGGAAGAAGUAAGUUUGAUAGGCCACUGCCUAUGGAUUGGGGUAACAGAGAUCGGGGAAGGGAUAGCUUCUUUAAUGAAAGGAAACCAUUUGACAGGCGACUGCCCUCUCCUUCUCCACCACCACCUCAUCUACCUCCUCACCGCGGCCGAUGGGCACAUGAUGCUAGAGAGAGAAGCCGGUCCCCAUUAAGAGGUGGCCCACCACCAAAAGACUACAACAGGCCUCUGUACACGGGUCGGGGUCGGGGUCGGGGUCGGGGACGAGAGGAUCAUCGUGGCAUGGGGCGAGACCGAGUUGGAGAUGCAUAUUGACAAUGAGGCCACGGGGAUAUUUUUUUUUUUUUUUUUCUGGUGUAAUUUUGUCUGUGAGUAGAUAUCCGUUUUGCAUCUAGAGUGUAAGGAAGAAUGCAUAUAGCUUGCUUAGCACUAGUUUUAAAUCAGGUGGGUUGUUGCUGCUUCAGUUGUUAAUUCGAACCUGCACUUCUCCAUAGUUGGCUGAAGCCAUAGCCAAUUCUAGUGUAUAAUUUCCCGAAUUCGUCACGUUUUGAAGUUGAAUUAAAAUUUGCCAUGUGGUUGGUUGCCUCAUACGUAA